CUUCGUCUUCCCCUCCACCAUCCUCGUCGCAUCCCCCAGCGAGCGCGCACGUUCACGAUGGACAAGGCCGGCAUCUUCCAGAACAUUCGGGUCUACUGGCUCGCGUUCAUUGUGUACUGGGGCAUCGUCUUGUUCGGUUACGAUACCGGUAUCGGCGGUGGUGUAGUCUCGCAAGACUACUUCAAGACACAUUUCGGUCUCGUUAACGCCGAUGGGUCACCGAACACGAAGAAAGCAAACGAUGUGUCGUCUAACGUCGUCUCAGUGCUCCAGGCCGGUGCAUUCUUCGGCGCGCUAGGGAGUGCCCCCAUCUCAGCGGCUCUCGGCCGGAAAUGGUCCCUGUUUUCCUUCACGGUCAUCUUCGCCGUCGGUGCUGUUUUGCAAACUGUCGCCGGUGGCUCGCGCGGCUUGGGCUACAUCUACGCCGGCCGAGUAAUCGCCGGUAUCGGCAUCGGUGCGAUAUCUGCCGUUGCGCCCGCCUAUGUUUCGGAGUGCAGCCCCAAGGAGGUCCGCGGUCGUAUCACUGGUCUUUUCCAGAUCAUGGUCGCUGUCGGCGUGAUGAUUUCAUAUUUCAUCAACUUGGGAAUCAGCUUGCAUAUGCCCACAGGCUUCGGCGUGUGGCGCAUCCCUUUCGGCUUCCAGCUGGUGCCGGCGGGAAUCAUGGCGUUCGGCCUGCUCACCGUCAAGGAGUCCCCGCGUUGGCUCGCCUCCAAGGGCCGCAUCGACACCGCCAUCACCAACCUCGCGUACAUGCGCAAGCUGCACCCCGACGACGAGCGGAUCCGCUCCGAGAUGGCUGAGAUCGAGGCCGCCAUCGAGGAGGAGCGUGAAGCGCGGAAGGGGCUCGGCCUGCGCGAAGCGUUCCUCGGCAAGGGUAACUUCAUCCGCUUCGUCAUUGCUGUCGUUAUCUUCCUCUUGCAACAAUGGGGCGGGCAGAACUCGGUCAACUACUACGCGCCUCAGAUCUUCCAGUCGAUCGGGUACAGCGGCACGUCGAACUCGCUUCUGGCGUCGGGGAUCUAUGGAAUCGUGAAGGUGGUCGCGACGGCGCUGUUCGUGUUCUUCCUCGUCGACUCGCUCGGGCGCAAGCUGUCGCUGUUCAUCUCUUCCGUCGGCAUGGGCGUCCUGUUCUUCAUCAUCGGUGCACUGCUCAAGACGCACCCGCCGCCGGCGCACCCCGCUGACGGCGCGACUCCGCCUCCUGCGAGCAAGGCGAUGGCGGCGAUGUUGUACCUCUACGUGUGCUUCUACAGCAUGGGAUGGGGACCGCUUCCAUGGGUGUAUGUCGCGGACAUCUUCCCCACGCGGACCCGGCAUUACGGUCUCGCUACGGCUAGCGCAUCGCAAUGGCUGUUCAACUUUGUGCUCUCGAAGGUCACUCCCACGUUGGUCACCGACCUUGGGUACAAGAUUUUCCUGAUGUUCGCGACGAUCAACAUCGGCGGCAUGGCCACCUUCGCUCUCCUUAUCCCGGAGACGAAGGGCCGCAGUCUGGAGGAGAUGGACGUCAUCUUCGGCACCGUUACGGCCGACCAGCGGCAGGCCGACAUUGUGAAGCAGGAGCGGGCGUUCGACCAUGCGGCGAACGAGACCCGGUCAGAGCAGUCGAUCGAGAACAAGGUCUGAUGUACCUUGCCUCAGAGUGCUCGCGCACAGUCUGUGCGUCUCUUCGGCGCUGUCUCGCCCUCGCUCUACGAAGUACGAUACUUGCUUGACGUGCUAUGAACCCCCCACGAAUUUUUCUCAUUGCUGCCUGGGUCUUGCACGAUUACAUGAUUGCGCGCUUGUCUUCCGAUGUUGCUGUACAUUAUCUGGUCGGAUGUUGUAUUAUUAUGCUCUUUGGAUCUUGGAAUUUCGGAUGUCUUCUUGGAUGCGGCAUCAGGAGAUGCGACGCGGGUAUGUGCUCCGCGACGACUCCGCGAUCCCAUCCACCAUGUGCAUUUC